UUUUGAUAUACAUAUGGCCAUGGGAUGGAAGUGGCGUGCGGCGAUGUGAGAAACUCUCGCGGAGAGGAUGGCAGAUGACUCCGGGGAGGAUAUUUCCGGGACUGAGGCCCAAGCGGUUCCGGUUCCCGUGCACAGCAGCCGUCCCGCCUCGCCCCCCGACGCCACCUCCGUCACCGCCGCGGAGACCGCGGAGCUUCCGGCGGAGGUUCCGGCGCCCGACGGCGACGCGGGGAUUGCGACGGCCGAUGGCGAGGGGCUGGCGCUGGAGACACAGGAGCGAAGGAAGGCUCCGGAAGGACUUGUUUGGGUGGUGAUGCACAACUCCAAAGCCUUGGGCCGUUUCCAACAUGUCAAGGUGCUGGUGCCCAAAGAGCUGACCCUCACAGAGCUCCGUCACUUUCUCUGUGGCAAAGUAGGUUGUCCCUUCAAAGAGCUCCACAUCGAGAUUGAAGGGAAACCUAUGUGGGCCGGGCGAGAGAUGCCAUUGAUUGAAGUGGAAGAUCGAGAUUAUCGCAUCAGAUGGUGCGCAACGACGGACGGAAAGAAACACACGACGGGGAUCUCUUGGUGGCGUCGCGGGCGAAGGGUGAACCGAGUCGCCAAACUGAUGCAAAGCAAACAGAUCGGUGGAAUCAAUGCCGUCAGCUGGGAGCAGGGACGUACAGUGCUUCACUUCAUCGCGUUGAACGGUGACACGGACUUGUUCCGGGAGGCGGUCAGCGACCCCAAAGCGGAUGAGGACUUGAUCAACGUCCGGGACAAGUUGGGCGAUACGGCCCUCACCAUAGCUGCCAUUACAGGCUAUGUGGACAUUUUGGCCACGUGCCUUGAGAAAGAGGCUGACGUUGAGGCAAAGAACCUCAAGGGCCGAACGGCGUUACUCCUGGCGGCGGAGCAUGGACAUUCCGAUGCCGUGCAGAUGCUUCUGGUGGCCAAUGCAGAACUGGACCCAGGGAAGGGAACCACCUGUCCCAGUGCCAUGUAUUUGGCCGAGCUGAAUCAGCGUGACGGCGUGGUGAAAACCAUCGUGCAGCACCUCCAAGACAUGGCUGGAGAUGAUGAGUUUUAGCUGCGAAAGCAUCGGUGCAGCAGUGGGAGGAUAUCUACGGCCGUUGUGCUUGAUCUUUUUUGCCUAGAUCAUGUGUCGCUUAAG